AUGGACCCACCCCCAGGGCCCAGGAACGCCGCCGCAGAUGAGAACAACCCCAAUCUCUUGAGCGUGGUCCAACAGCGCCGCCCCUCCAGCCCCUUCAGGCUGGACCGCCCCAGGAUCCUCCACCACACCCCCGCCUCCAGCUACUAUGAGUCCUACUCCACGGAAACCACGUCCCGGGAUGGAUCACAGCAAAUCAAACCCUCCCAAACUUCUCCCCCCGCCCGCAGGACCCCCCGUCAUAGCGUGGUCCACUACUCGGCCUCCGUCCGUGGGCCUCCCUCUGAGGAGAAUCUGCGGCAGCCUCAGGGGGACAGGCUCCACCGGCCGAGCCCCCUCUUCGCCGCCAGGAGCCACAAGAGGCAGUCUCUGAGGGACACUGCUGCUGACACCGACGACCCCCAGGAGUCUCACAUGGACCAGCAGCAGCGCCCAGAGGCAGCCCGCAACGUGGACGUUCCCUACAGCUUCAAGCGCAGGAACAGACAUACCCUCGACAGCGUCCCUUCGCAGGUCACGAUAAACCCUUUCCAGGAAAAGAAGCCAGAGUCGUACCACAGCCUCUCACACUCCUCCUCGCACGUCUCCAGCAGCCUCGGCAAAGUGCACCCCGGCUCCUCGGAGAGCAGCUCCGACGAGGGCAAGAGAGAGAAGCCUCCCAGGCUUCGCGUUCCCAAUACUUCCCGGACUCGCCCAAGGUGGAGGGUUCUGCAGCUGUGCAGUUGGCUGUGCGAAGAAUUGAGCAAACUCUACAAGGGCUUCCAGAACAUUAUAGGGAACCUGACCAGCUCCCAAGCCUUUGAAGCCUUCAUUGCUCUCAUCAUCUACAUCAACAUCAUCGUGCUCGUGGCCCAAACCUUCGCUAUAGUCGAGGUCCGAGGAGAAUGGUACUUCAUCGCUUUGGACACAGUUUUCCUUUGCAUCUACGUGAUCGAAGCUGCGCUCAAAAACAUCGCUCUGGGCUACAGCUAUUUUUCUGACAACUGGAACAAACUGGACUUCUUCAUCAUGUCUCUGGCCUUGCUGGACUUCGUGCUGAUACAGCACAACUACUUCUCCGUCUCUCGCCAGAUCUACAGCCAGAACUUCUUCCGCAUCUUCAAGGUGUUAAAGAGCCUGCGGGCACUGAGGGCCAUGCGGGUCAUGUGGAAGCUCAGCUUCCUGAGAACCCUCCAGAAGGUGACCGAGACCCUGAACCGGUCCUUGCCCUCCAUCACCGCCAUCCUCAUCCUGAUGUUUACCUGCCUCUUCCUCUUCUCGGCCUUGCUGAGGGCCCUGUUCCGCUACUCGGACCCCAAGCACUUCCAGAACCUCUUCACCACAGUCUUCACCCUUUUCACGCUGCUCACCCUGGACGACUGGUCCCUCAUCUACCUGCACAACUUGGAAAAUGGAGCCUGGUACAUCAUUCCUAUCCUCAUGAUCUACAUCAUCAUCCAGUACUUCAUCUUCCUCAACCUGGUGAUCGCAGUGUUGGUGGAUAAUUUCCAGAUGGCGCUGCUCAAGGGCCAGGAGCAAGAGAAGGAAGAGGCCGUGCUGCAGCUGGAAGACUUAGUGAUGGAAGUGACUAAAGCAGAGUCCAGCGAGAUGAAGGACUUGGACCAAAGGCAGCAGGCGAUGGAGAAAAGCUUUGGGGCCAUGACAGAGAAGUAA